AUGCCCUACUCUGUCCAGUCCGCAGCUGGCGCCGUGCCUUGCCGCACCUGCAUUGCCCCGCCGUCCUCGCCCGCACGGCCGCGCUACCCCGCCGCCGCUGCACGCCACGCUUGCGCCCUCGCCCGCGCUGCCCCGCCGCCGCCUGCACGCCCGCGCUGCCUCGUCGCCGUUGCACGUCGCGCGUGCCUGCACGCCCCGCCGCGCCCGCGCGCCGCGCCUCGCCCCGCCGCGCCCGCCGCGCUGCCGGCCUCCCCUCGCCCCGCCUUCCCCGCGCCCGCCUCGCCCAGCCCGCCCCGGCUCGUUGCGCUCGCGCCCGCCACGCCGCCGGCCGCCCCUCGCCCCGCCUCGCCUCGCCCUCGCCGCCGACCACGCCUCGCCCUCGCCCGCCCCCGCCUCGCCGCGCUCACGCACGCCGCGCCACCGGCCGUGCCUCGCCUGGUCAGGCAUCCAGCAGAGGAGAGAGAGGGGAAGGGGACAAUAGCAGGGGCAGGUGGCUGUCAUGCGGGCCAUGUGCGGACGCGAGGACGCAGACGGGCUGUCCGCGACUGUCCGCUUUGA